AUGUUAUCAAUUGUUUUGCAAGAUUUUAAUUUCAGUGAUCAAUAUUUGGUCGAUCUGUCGAAUACGAAAGGACAUACGGGCUCGGUGAACGCGUGUUGCUGGCAUCCAUUGAUCAAAAACGAAUUUUUGACCUGUGCUGAUGACGGGUCAUACGAGAAUAGACUUUAUGUGAGGAAUCCACCAGCGAAUUUAAGAGUGAUCAUUUUCAUGCUAAAAGUAUUCAACAUCACAUUACGCAUUUGGUCGUUGGACGAUUUCAAAGAAAUUACUCGAUGUAUCAAUAAGCAGCAGAAAGUGAUCAAAACGAAGAACGCGGGUGGCAAAAGGACAAUCCCAAUGACGUGUACGUAUUCGAGAGAUGGUAAAUUAGUGGCAGCUGGCUGUCAGGAUGGCUCAAUUCAGAUCUGGAAACAUGGACAUCUUUAUGUGUGUAUUUUCUUUUCUUUUUGA